AUGCCACUUGAAGGCCGGAGUGCAAGCAUCCUGGGGGUGUCGGUUGUAACCAUGGUAAUCUCGCUCAUUACGGUGUGUUGUCGGUGUUUUGUUCGCCUUCGAUUACUCAAAACCUUUGGGUGGGACGACGCCCUGAUGGUUGUUGCAAUGGUUCUUGAUAUAUUCCUCACUGUAUGUGCCAUUACAGGGUCCAUGGAAGGUGUUGGCCGCCACUUGAAAGAAUUUUCAAGCCUGGUGGAGAUCCGCCGCGCCAUGUUGUGGUGGUGGCUAGGCCAGUGCAUCUAUAUCUGGGCGUCCGGGGUCGCUAAGGUGUCUAUCGCACUGGCGCUUCUCCGAUUGUCGGUCCAGAAAGUACAGCGUAUCCUCUUGUUGACUGUGGUGGGGGCGUCGACCUGUAUUAGCUUGGUAUUCUGGUUCUUCAUGCUUCUCCAAUGUCACCCCGUCUCGGAGUUUUGGGAGAGAAGAGGCACGGGCAAGUGCCUGAGCACGGAUUUCCUCGUUGACAUGGCAUAUUUGUACAGCAGCAUCUGCGCCGUCUGUGACUUUGUGCUCGGGCUGCUGCCAAUUUUCCUAGUAAGCCAGCUGCAGAUCAGCACAAAAACGAAGGUUGCGCUGGGCGCGACCCUCAGUUUGGGGUGUCUGGCGAGUACCGCCGUCAUCAUUCGGAUCCCUUGUCUCCAAAGCUACAAGGACAUGGACUUUCUAUAUUCCACAUUUACAAUCGACAUUUGGUCUUUCAUCGAGGUUGGCUUGGGAAUCACGGCCGGCAGCCUGGUUACUCUCCGGCCGCUCUUCCGCCAGGCGCUUGAUGAUACGCCUCGUCGGGGCGCCAAGAAGAGCCGAGGGAGUAUCCUCCUGUCCAGCCUGACGGAGCAGUGCCGAACUGGACAGAACCCCGAAGAGACUGGGGGCUGGCACCAGCAGCCAGAUGGCACACAGACAAUCACCACGGUGAUCACGGCUUUCCGUCGAGACUUGAACACCAGCCCGUUGACGCCGACAUUUGGGGUGGAGUGGAGGAAUGGGCGGGCAGUGGGGAUCAAGAGGUCGAUUCAAGUGACCGAGGAGCAGGUCUAA